AUGCUGAGAUUAUCUUUCUUGAAAAGAUAUUUCCAUCUAAAUUCCUGUGUUUCUAUCAAGAAAAGCAAACUGCCACCAAGACCUAAACUUACCGAUGAGAUGGAAUCUGAGUUCGAAGAGAAAUUUCUACACGGAGGACGAGGUCCUGGCGGUCAAAAGAUCAAUAAGUGUAACAGUAAGGUCCAGCUCAAGCAUAUUCCAAGUGGGAUUGUAGUAGAAUGUCAAGAGACAAGAUCCAGAACCCAAAAUAGACACAUAGCAAGAGAAAAGAUGGCCUUUAAGAUUGCACAAUGGAAGAAUGGCGGUAAUCCAAUCGAAAGAGAAAUUGCCGUCUUGGCAUGGGAAAAACAGAGCAAAAGGAGCAAGGAGCGGAAAAGCAAAGAAAAACAUUCAUUGCACAAGGAGCUAAAAAGAGCCGAAGAACUUAAAAGAAUCAAAGAGGAGGAAGAAAUUUUAUUCCGACUUACACAACCUUGA